CUCUUUUGGAGCUGCCCACUGAGCGAGAGAGACGGGUUCAUUCAUCGCAAUCUCACGGCAUGGACACUCUCGGCUCGCCCCCAUGGAGCCUGUUCUUCGCUCUCAGUGCCCUGCUGGCCGCGCUGUUGUGCGCCGGGCGGGCGCUGGCCGGCGCCUGGCUCGGGCUCGGCCCGCGGAGGGUGGCCAGGGCCCUGCGGUCCCAGGGUGUCCGCGGCACGUCUUACCGCUUCCCCUCCGGCGACAUGAAGGAGUACGUGCGGCUCGUCGCCGCGGCCUGCUCCCAGCCCAUGCCGAUCUCCUCGCACGCCGUCGCCGCCCGCGCGGUGCCGUUCGACCACGGCGUCAUCAAGCAACACGGUAAAGUUGCCCUGACUUGGUUCGGCCCGGAGCCGAGGGUGGUGGUGGCGGACCCUCAGCUGUUCCGGGAGAUCCUGUCGAACAAGCAGGGCCAGUUCGGGAAGCAGAGGUCCAUCCUUCGGAUCGAGCGGCUCUUGGCCAACGGCCUGACCACCCACCAGGGCGACAAGUGGGUCGCCCACCGGAGGAUCAUCAACCACGCCUUCCAUUUCGAGAAGCUCAAGAGGAUGUUACCGGCUUUCGCAGAGUGUUCUAGUGAACUUGUGCGAAGAUGGGGAGACUCCAUGGGGCAAAGUGAUGUGCAGGAGAUAGAUGUGUGGCCAGAGUUUCAGAACCUCACAGGGGACGUCAUCUCCCGAGUAGCGUUCGGGAGCAGCUUCGGUGAAGGGAGACAGAUCUUCCGGUUGCAGUCUGAGCAGGCGCAAAAUGCUGUCAAGAUGGCAAACGUGAUGUACAUUCCCGGUUACAGGUUCCUGCCAACAAAGCUCAAUAGAAGGAUGAAGGCAAAUGCCCGGGAGGUCGAAGUACUACUGAAAGGCAUAAUCACAAACAGGCAGAGGGCGAUGAUGGAUGGCCAUGCCGACAACGACGAUCUACUAGGCGUGAUGAUGGAGUCAAACAUAGAAGAAAGCCAAGAAGCCGGAAGCUCCAAGCCGACGAUGACCACCGACGACAUAGUAGGGGAGCUGAAGCUCUUCUAUUUCGCGGGCAUAGAGACAACCGCAGUGCUGCUCACAUGGGCAAUGGUCCUGCUAAGCAUGCAUCCCGAGUGGCAGGACCGCGCCAGGGAGGAGGUUCUGCGUGUCUUCGGACAGAACCAGCCGGAUUCUGAGGGCAUAAACCGACUGAAAGUCGUGACGAUGAUACUCCAUGAGGUUAUUAGGCUAUACCCACCAAUUCUACUACUUGGCCGAGAGGCGUAUAAAGAGACAGAGCUGGGAGGCGUCACAUAUCCAGCCGGCGUUACAUUUGUGCUGCCAAUUGUGUGCAUUCACCAUGAUCCAGAUGUGUGGGGAGAAGAUGUCGAUGAAUUUAAGCCGGAGAGGUUUGCGGAGGGCAUUGCCGGCGCAUAUAAGAACUCGCCGGCGUUCUUUCCGUUUGGCUGGGGACCGCGGAUUUGCGUUGGGCAGAACUUUGCAUUGCUUGAGGCCAAGAUGGGAUUGAGCCUGAUCCUGCAACACUUCAUGUUCGAGCUCUCACCGUCCUAUACGCAUGCGCCAUGCCCGGUCUCCACUCUGCAGCCCCAACAUGGUGCGCAGAUUACGCUCAUGAAACUCUAAGAAUCAGCGGCCGUUACUAAUUAGCGUCCGGACUCUGAACAACAAUAGACAUUGAGAAUAGUCAGGGAUUAGGGUGAUGAUCCUGGGAGAGAUGUAGUAUAAUGGACCCUGAUGUUCACAUCGAAGCCGACAUGCACACAUCUCAUAAAUAUUGUUUUUUUUUUAGGAUAAUACAAUCCCCUUUAUUUAAGUAAA